AUGGAUGCAUUCCUAGGAGAGAAGAUGCGCCUCGAUCAUAUCGAAUACCUCAGAGGGGUCGGCAAAUACCGUGCAAUUGGCUACCCGAGGCAUCUACCAGCUGAACGGCAACAUCUUAUUGGAAAGAACGAAAACUUGCGCGAACUCGAAAGGCGGCUCAAGGAGUUACGCAUCCAGGACGCUUCUGAUGAAUCCAGCCAUCAGAGCACGGUUGAAGGGUGUGAUGCCAACAGGGUUGACGACGAUGCUAGCUUUGCUAUAAAGCUCACCGCCAAGCAAAUCCAAGUCCUGAAGACUCGUCUCUAUAACUCUGAAUUGGCAAAGUACAGAGACGAAUGGGUUCAAAGGCGCGUCGAAGCGCAGGUCAGGGCAGGAGGGAAGGCCCCAGAGACGAUUGUUUACAAUGAUGUCGCACAAUGCCUGUUCAAGGCCCAGCCCGAUCGUCAGCGUAUCGCCAAGAUGAUGCCAGUUGAUGAUCAUCUAUCCUACCAAAAUAUGCUCUCUGUCGUGGAGAGUCUGUUGGCCUACUGCGCCAAAGACUAUGAUGUGUUUUACCGCCCUGGAGAGGAGCCUGUCAGCGGGAGAUGUCCGGUUGGGAACUGUGAUCUGACUAGGUGA